UUUGCUUUCUCCGCUCAUGACUUGCUUCCUCCGCCAGCAUCCUCCUCUGUAGCAUGGCGCCUCCUCUGCAGCACGCCGCUCUCCGGCCACAACGAUGCCCGGCGGCCCCCCUCCCCCAACCCACACCACCACCACAACCACCACGGCCUCGCCCUGUCUCGUCCUAUCCCCACCACAGCCUCGCCCCACCGGCCCUUAUCUCCACGACGAGCUCUCCCCGCCGGCCCUUAUCCCCAUAACGGCCUCUCCCCGCCGCCUCCUGUCACCACCGCGGCCUUGCCUCGCCGCCAGCCCCGCUGAUCUUCCCUAGAUCGGCUUUGCUGCCGCCAUCGUACUGCCCCAGAUCAGAUCGAGAUGCGAGCUGCUGUACACGAUGUGGGAGGAGCCAUCUGGAAUUGAACCGAGAUUAGUCUGCUGAUGUGCCCGCCGUAAUCAUCGCCCCCUGUGCUUGGCUCACACAGUCGUUCCGGGAAGGUAUGAUGUUCGAUUAGAUGUUGUUAGUGCACCUAUGGUUAUCAGUGGGGAUUUAGUCAUGUGACAUUUUUGAGGCAACCAUGCUGUGACAAAGCUGAUUGAGUUGGAUUUGAAUCCUGGAUGGCUUAAUUUAUCAGUAUUAUCUAGCUAUAAUUGACGUUGAGUCAUUGUUUUUGUGGCGGUUGCUUGAUUCCUGUGGUAUUCUCAGGUUGUAAUGUCGCAUUAUUACCGGCACUAAGUAACAAAGACUUCCAGGGUCACAAGCAAGUUGGUAUCUGCACUGUUUGUAUCAGAAAUACAUGUGAAUCCAUCAUUUGAGGUCUGAACUUUGCUGAUGCAUAUGCCAUUGUAUGCACAACAGGCGCCUUCGCCACAUUGUCAUUCAUUUGUGAGAUGCUUCUCUUUCUCUAUGUUGGCAUGGAUGAUAUAGAGUAGUGGAAGAAUGUUAGUGAAACACAUACAGCCCAAUGAAAUGCAUGGCCUUGAGCUCCAUUAUUUAGGCCAGAUCUCAUGAGAGGUGGUAUGUCAAUUGCAUUGGCAUACAAUAAGGCUUGAAGUGGUGGUCGUAACACAGUCGGUUGGGAGGACACAAUGUCAGAGUCGAUAUUAUGGACAUUUUCCUUGUUAAAACCGACACUAUCUGGUGUUCUUAAUGAAUUUGGAGCAUGAAGUGGAGUCUGAUCACUCAGUUAUCAUAUCAACAGGUCCUGAAAGGGAGUACGUGCCCCACUAUGCUGAGAGGAUGCCAUAUUGUUAACUCUGUUUGUCAUGCAGAUCAUGAUGUACUGUCAGAAAGUAGUCAUAUGUCCUCAAGAUGUUGCAGGCCACACGGGGUGAUGACACCAGAGUUAGGGCAGCAUGCCGGGUCGAGGACGUCCACCGGGUGGACGUCGCGGACACCAGGGGCGACGGCGGUGUGGCGACGAUGGCGGGGCGAGGAGAGGUUGGGCAGCAAGGCGGGUCGAGGAAGGACGUGCACCGGGGUGGAGGACAUCGCGGCCACCAGGGCAGCACGCCGGAUCGAGGACAUCCACCUGGUGGAGGACGUCGCGGACACCAGGGGCGACGGCGGUGCGGCGACGAUGGCGGGGCGAGGAGAGGUUGGGCAGCAAGGCGUGUCAAGGAAGGACGUGCACCAGGGUGGAGGACAUCGCGACCACCAGGGGCUAGGGCGGCAUGGCGACGGCGGCGGGGCUGGGAGAGGUAGGGCAGCAAAGCAGGUCGAGGAUGUCCGCUAGGUCGAGGACGUCGCGGACACCAGCGCUGAUCGCGGUGGUUCCUAGCGUGGUGGCGGCGUAGAUCGUGGAGGUGCUGUUUAAUUCCCAGGAGGUCUGGAGGUGUCAUCGCGGGGUUGUGUAGCAUCCUGAACGGGGGAGUCUGCCGGCAGAACAUUUGUUGUGAACCCUUGAUCUGAUUGUAGUAUGGUUGAUGUAACAUGGACAGUUGGAUGGAAACAAGUGGGUCUGAUCGGACGUAGGGGGUUAUCCCGUGUGCACUUUCCGGUGUGGAUGUAGGGGAAGUCAUGUUUGGUCUUUUAAUAGUAGUAUAGAUAUGCCCA